AUCGCGUCCCUGCCCGCUGCCCGAACCCCGCUCCGCCGCAAUUUCGGGCCAUUGGUCUCCGAGGUCAUGGUGAGCACCAACUCCGAGGGCGGCAACGGGGGCGUGGACCCGAUGCGCGUCGACGAGAACGGCGUCAUCGUCCUCACCGCAGACCAGCGCAACGGAGCCGCGCCGCACGCCGCUGCUGGCCACGUCCACGAUGCGGCCAUGGACGAAAUACAGGGGGCGGUAUGCAUGUCCUGCACCAAAUCGAGGAUGAAAGGCGCGGAGGACGCCGACGCCGAGGAGGCCGCGACGGUGCAGGGCAGCAAGGAGGGCGCCGAGGAGCUGCUCCUCAAGGUGGUGCUCAGCGAGGAGGAGGCCUACAGGCUGUACUGCGACUACGGGCACCGCACGGGGUUCAGCGUCCGCAAGGGGAAGCAGUCCUACUUCACCGGCACCAAGCGGGUCAGGACCAAGGACUACUUCUGCUCCAAGGAGGGGCUCAAGGAAGCCGAGAAGCUCACCGAUGAGAACUUCAACGACCCGCACACCAGGACCAAUUGCAGGGCCAUGGUUCGCUUCAGGGUGAACGGCCAGGGCGAGUGGAAGGUCAUCCGGCUCGUGUCUGAUCACAACCACAAUCUGGCAAAACCUGAAGAACGCCACCUUCUGCGCUCUGCCAGGUCGCUUAUAGCCGGGAGGUCGUGUUCUACUGCGGAUGCGGUGCUGUAUGGUGGGUACCAGCAGGUAGGGGGCACACCGUCCCAGAUGGCUGUAAGCACUAGCGUGACCAACAAUGCAGAGAAUCCGAGGCCAGAUAUGGUCCCUGGUUUUAGCGGCGUAACAAGAACAGCAACCAUAGGGACUGGAGACUUGCAGAUCCUUGUAAACCAUCUGAAGAGCAGGGCAAAUGUAGACGGGAUGUUUUACUGGGAUGUUCAGAUUGACCGAGAUGGUCGGAUGACUAAUUUCUUUUGGCGUGAUGGUAGGAGCCGGACGGACUAUGACUGCUUCGGUGAUGUGGUUGUGUUUGAUGCAACUUAUCGCUUAAGCAAGCAGAACUUGAUCUGUGCGCCUUUUGUUGGUGUGAACCACCACUGGCAGACCACUAUGUUUGGCUGCGCACUAUUAGUGGAUGAGUCUGUGUCAUCUUUCACGUGGCUGUUCAAGUCCUUCUUGGAGGCAAUGGGGAACCGGCAUCCUCGAACUAUCUUCACCAAUCAAGACCAAGUCAUGUCAAAAGCAAUCGAGGAGGUGUUUCCAAAUACAUGCCACCGCAUUGCUCAUUGGCACAUUCAGAAGAAUGCUGCUUCUCGCCUUGGUUCACUUAAUGGUUCGAAAGCAUUUAAUAAGGUGUUCACCAAGUGUACGCAAGGAUGCAACUCAGAAGCAGAGUUCGAGGAAGCAUGGGCUGCGAUGCUCCGUGAGUUUAAGGUGCAGGAUAACAAGUGGCUGAACAAACUUUAUAAGCUCAAGCAGAAGUGGUGCGGUGCUCUUAACAAGUGCAAUUUUGAUGGUGGGGUCGAAAACGAGCCACAGUUUGACAUUUUGAGCAACAUAUUCACUUCCAUUGCCGAUAAAUUUACUUCUCUUUCCACGGUUAUUGUUCUUGUGGAUAAGCUGACUGAUGAUUGGCGUGAAAGAGAGUUUGAUGAGGAUAUGCGGUGUUCCCAAAGGCCACCUAUUUGUAUCAUAAAGCACAGUGAUAUUUUGAAUCAUGCAGCAAAAGUUUAUACACACAGAAUCUACAAGUUAUUCGAGACAUAUUUUCUUGAUGGGUGUGGUGCCACAAAAUUCAAGGAGCUUCAGUGUGAAGACAGUGACACAUAUCGGUUUGAGAUGACCAUGCAAGGUAGGGGGUCACGAGUCUGCACAGUUCAUUUGAAUAAGUCUACAAUGCAACUCACUUGCAGCUGCAGUCAGUUUGAGACAAUGGGUUUACUUUGUCCACAUACUCUAAAAGCUCUUAGUAUCAAGAAUGUGUGCAAAAUUCCAGAAAUGUAUAUACUCAAGCGGUGGACCAGAGAUGCCAAGCAGUGGAUUUUUAAUCCAAAGCAAUAUGAAUCAUCAUAUCAGGAAUGUAUGGAUGACGAGGCUGCGUACUGCAACCAUGCUAUGAGGUAUGCUUAUGACCUUGUGAUGAAGAGCCAGGGGCAGGAGGAAUUGAGAAGGUCUCUUUGGGAGACUCUCGAGAGUGGAGAAAAAGAAUUGGAGAAAUACCUAGAAAAUGUUACCCAGUAUGCAGAAUCUUAUGCCACUUGAAAGAAGCAUCAGUUAAGCUUUUUAGUGUUCUGCUAGGAAGCAAGACAUACUUAAAUGGUAACUGGCUUGCUACAGCAUGUGCACAUACUUCCUUUUAUGCUGACUCAAACUGUAAUCUAAGAAUGAAAAUGAAAAUUUGCGAAACAAGAUAAAAGUUUGACUAGUCAUCAUUCUUUACUCUUGAUAGUUAUCACUGUAAUUCCAUGUGCUUUACUUGAUACUGCUAUUUUUGGUUUCACACUGUUUGUCAAUUAGCAUGAAUGUGUGAUGUUUACUAAAUUUAAUUUCACUAGUCAUCAUUCUUUA